AUGACAAUGGCUACGAAGAAGACAGCCCCGACUGACGACGAGCUGCUGGCUCAACUUGACGACUUGAGUACACAAGCCACCGCACGCCCCUCCAAGUCCUCGACGCGAACCCCUAGACAGGGACAACCUUCUCAAUCAUCACAGUCUGAACAGGACUUGCUAGCCGAGCUAGGCAAUCUAGCUCAACGGCCAGCGAGCAGACCUUCUACCCCUUCUCUCAGACCAAAUCCUUCCUCCACUGGCCACCGAUCCCCUCAACAUUCGUCGACAGCCACUCCACCACCAGGACGGACAAGCGAAGAGAAGUCUAGCAAUGGUCAGCGGAAGUCUGGUGAUAGUACGCGUUCGUUCCAUCAAAGCUUCACACCGGCAACUACAACGACUGAGGAGUCAGCAGAAACCGAACCACAGCCUGAGCCAGCCCCUGCCAAAGGCGGAGGAUGGUGGGGAGGCCUUCUGUCCACUGCAUCUGCAGCAGUGAGCCAGGCACAAGCGGCGGUGAAAGAGAUCCAGAAGAAUGAAGAAGCACAGAGAUGGGCAGAGCAGGUUCGAGGCAAUGUAGGGAUGCUCCGAGGCUUCGGCGGCGAGCUCAGGUCUAUGGCCAUGCCAACAUUUCAGAACAUCCUGCAGACCAUUGCCCCUCCGAUUUCUUCCCACGAGCGUCUACAAAUUCACAUCACCCACGACCUAUCCAAUUACCCCACUCUGGAUCCGCUGAUCUACCAAGUUUUCAGUCGUGUGAUGGCGCAGGUCGAGGGUGGAGACUUGAUGGUCAUUCAGAGAGGACAUGAAGCCGGACCGAAGCGUGACUCGAAAGAAAUGACACGACCAUUGGGUUCCUGGCAUGAUGGACCUUGGUGGAGAAGUGGCGAGAGAAGAAGCAUCAAUGCAGUCAAAGGCGCGGUCGAGGGAAGCAAGCUAGUAAGAGCAUCUGCCGAAGGCUACGCUGAGGAGUACUUUGCAAGCAGAGGAGGGGUCGAGCAGGCUGCCAAACGAGCCACUGAAACUCUCUCCGACUCCAAUCCCACCAGAGACAGUGAAAUCUUCCUCGCCAUCCAAGCUAUCUCGCAGCUCAUUCCAAAAGAUAUGUUUGCGGCAGCACCGAGCGCUGAAAAGGAAGGACAAGUCAAGGAAGUGGAGGAUGCGAAGAGCCAUGAGGAAGUCGUCUUUGCUGUCUAUUUGCACGACCCUAUCCACGGAAUCGCUUUUCAAGCGGUCUCUCAGGCCCUCCCGGCGCAAUGGAUCGAAUGGCUAGAUGCGCCCAGUGGAGGAGAGGGUACUUUGCCGGAAAGUAUUGAAGAAAUCAUCGAAAAUGGUGGCAUUGAUCCAAGAGAGUGGGUCAGCGAAUGGGUGGAGGAAUCGUUGAGCCUGGCGGUUGGUGUGGUGGCCCAAAGAUAUGUUGCCAGACGAAUGGGCGUUGGUGAAGGUGGCGGGAAGAAGGGCAAGUUGAGAGCCGAUUUGGGGCAGGAGGCAAUGAUGCAAAGCGGUGGCGGUGAGGCUGCUAGAGCGUUGGGAGGGAUGUGA